GUUUCGGCGGGUCCCGCUGCCGAGAUGGCCAACAUCGCGGUGCAGCGGAUCAAGCGGGAGUUCAAAGAAGUGCUGAAGAGCGAGGAGACGAACAAAAAUCAAAUUAAAGUAGAUCUUGUAGAUGAAAAUUUUACAGAAUUAAGAGGAGAAAUAGCAGGACCUCCGGACACACCGUAUGAAGGAGGAAGAUAUCAAUUAGAAAUAAAAAUUCCAGAAACGUAUCCUUUUAAUCCCCCUAAGGUGCGGUUUAUUACCAAAAUCUGGCAUCCUAAUAUUAGCUCAGUCACUGGAGCUAUCUGUUUGGAUAUCCUAAAAGAUCAGUGGGCUGCAGCGAUGACUUUAAGAACAGUGUUGUUAUCCUUGCAAGCCCUCUUGGCAGCCGCGGAACCGGACGACCCACAAGACGCAGUCGUGGCAAACCAGUACAAACAGAAUUCAGAAAUGUUUAAACAGACAGCUCGGCUUUGGGCGCACGUUUACGCUGGAGCACCAGUUUCUAGUCCGGAAUAUACCAAGAAGAUAGAAAAUCUUUGUGCUAUGGGAUUUGAUAGGAACGCGGUAAUAGUGGCCUUGUCAUCAAAAUCAUGGGAUGUAGAGAGAGCGACAGAACUACUUCUGAGUAACUGAGCCCUGUGCGGAAACUGCUUCAGCGUAGCCCAGCCUGCCUGUUCUGGAGGAGCGUCACCACCUCUUGUCUCUUCUUUUUAGGUUUCAAUAUAGAUUCUCUUUUAAAAAAAAAAACAAACAAACACUGGCAUUCUCGCCUGAUGCUAUCUAGGCCCUAUUGGAGACUGAAAA